GUUAGUUGCGACCGUGUCCUUUAGCCGAAAGGAUGAUGAAAAUUUCUCGCGAGCGGGUCGAAUUCGUGCUUGUUGUGUUUUGAAAAAGUUGUGUUUCCAGUAGGACAGCUUGCCACAGCUAGUUUUCGCGUGCGUGCGUCCGUGUGUGCGUUUUCGGGGGUUUUUGGAAGGGAAAAUUUCGUUUGCCUAAUUUUCCGGGGACAGGCGCCCAAGUGAGUGCAGCGGUAUUUAGUGAAAGAAAUUCUCGUUUGAAUCACGUGUCGUGAAAUCCUGCAGUGAAUUUGAGGGACGGGAUUCGACACAGCUGGUCGGUCGGUGUUGCGUACCUUUGGGCGCAACAAUAUUGCGAGCAGAAAAAGUCGUGCAAAUUGUGAAAAAGAUCUUCGUCGCAAGAAGCUGGUGUUGAAAGGAAAAAUCAUCAGCUGCAUCUCCAAAACUGUGAUUCUGAUUGCACAGACACAGACACACUCAAUCUGACGAAAGCAAAUGACACCAUCAUCCGAGUUGGGCUUCCCUCGUCGAUGAAUGGGAGACUUUUCCUCGAAGGAAUAAUAUCUUCUUCUCUCGUGUUUCAUAAAAGACAAAUCAACGAAACUUGAGGCAAGAAAAGUUGUCUUCUUUGUCGUCGCAGUCGUCGCCGUCGGUGUUUGUGUGGAAACAAAAACUGUACGUGUGUGAGCUUUUCUGAGGAAAGCAAUCGAAUAACGAAGAAGAAAUAAAAACAACAACUAGAAGAAAAGGGAGGAAAAACGCCUUCCUCUAAUAACAUGGAAAACAUUUUGAUGAUCUGACUUCAAAAAAAGAAAGUUUUUCUCCGGCUGUCACUCCUCACACACACAUCCGGUCAACUUGAAGGGAAAUCCGUCGACGAGGACAUUCAGAAGCAGCUCAGGAAACUGACUCAAGUUGGGUCUGGACGGUUCUCAUUGUCAACUUGUGUGUGUGAGUGGUGGAUAAAAUGCAGGAAAAACCAUCAUCCGGGCCCCAAAAGCCAACCCAACGGGAUCUGCUUCGAGCAGAUUAGGUGACGGUUUUCCGGAGGAAAAUUGGAAUUUUUUCCGAAACACGCCCACGCAGAGGAAAAACGCUCUCCCUCACACACUAGCACAAGUGUGGAAAAGUGCGUGAAAUUUACAUAAAUAGUUUACGAGCCCAGCUCGGCGAAGGAGGGGGGUGGAAAAUUCUAGCGCGCGCAAGAAAACUGGGAUAGAUUUUCCGGCUGACGUGGAAAAUAGCGACGCGUGAAGAGCGGAAAAAGUUUCAUUCAAUUUGGGGCUAGGAAUUUGAAGUUAAUUGAGUGUUACGCGGGGGCUGCCUUUUUGUCGAGCGAGUGUUUUCACAGAAAAAAAAGUCGGGAAAAAUCGUGAAAAAAGUCAAGUGUGUGAAGUGAAAAUAGCACAACGGGGAAAAAAAUUGCUCCUGCAUGAGUUGUGGCGGUCCGACGGUGGGGAAAAGUUGAGUGUUAUUUCAAGCCCUGCCUACGUGAUAUGAAUUGGUCCUACCGCAAGGAAACGCUUCAGCUAGAGCUAAAAUAGCACUCGCAAUGACGUCUCAGCAGCAGCACCAGCACCAACGGCGCAGCAACAAGUUAAGCAUGGAUUACGUAAGCAUCGGUUGCUGCACGUUGGCAUUUGGCCUGUACGUCAACACGCUCGGCGCUGGAUUCGUGUACGAUGACAGACGCGCCAUCCUGGGCAACCCGGACGUGCUGAGCUCGACGGGCUGGUACCAGAUGCUGCAGAACGACUUCUGGGGCACGCCGCUGACCGACUCGGGGUCCCACGGCUCGUACCGCCCCCUGGCCGUGGCCAGCUUCAAGCUGAACCACCUGCUGGACGGGUUCAAACCGCUCGGCUAUCACCUGGGCAACGUGCUGCUGCACUGCCUGGCCACGGCCCUGGUUCUGCGCCUCGGGCGCCACCUGAUCCCGUCCCGGACGGGGGCGGCCAUCGCGGGUCUCCUCUUCGCCGCCCACCCCGUUCACACGGAGGCCGUUGCGGGAGUCGUUGGCCGGGCAGACCUGACCGCGUGCGUUUUCUACCUGCUGGCGGUGCUGGCGUACAUCCGGCACAUCCAGUGGCGCCACCAGACCGAUCUGCGCCACUGGCCGGCCCUCGGACUGACGGUGCUGGCCGCGGCCGCCGCCGUCCUGUGCAAAGAAACGGCCGUGACAGCUUUAGUGGUGUGCGCGAUUUAUGACAUCAUAAAAGGAUACGCCGGCUGCAGAGAUAAGCACCGCUUCCGCAGCGUCAGCAUCCUGGCGCUAGCCCUGGGCAGCAUCCUGCACGUGCGGCUCUCGCUGCCGCGGCCCGCCGUCCUAUUCUCCGCGGCGGACAACCCCACGGCCAAGACCGGUUCCGCGUGGACCCGGUUUCUGACCUUCUCGUACCUGCCCGUGUUCAACUUCCGGCUGCUGCUGUUUCCGGACGUGCUCAGCUUCGACUGGGGCAUGGAGGCGAUCCCGCGGAUAAACAGCCUGUUUGACGCGAAGAACCUGGCCACGGUUGGGUUCUACGGGGCGUUGGGCGCUGCGGUUUGGGUUCAGGGCCGGACCCUGGUGCGGCAGAGCGUACCCAGUGUAAAUAGUAGCUUCGGUAGGCGGCUAGCUAGUAAACUUGCGCUGGCUCGGGUUGGACAGCAGGACUACAGUGAGUUGGGAGAUUCGACGACCUGCGGGUCGUGCAAGCACGAGUACGUUGGGUUGCGUCACACGAGCCAGUGCCGGGCCGUGCACAACAACAACAGCAUGUCGUCGAUCGUGUGCGGAUGUCCGUACCUGUCGCUCUCACCUACGGCCUUGUCCAGCUAUCUGGACGAGAAGGUCUCCUCCAGCGGCUACGGUUGGCACAAGCGGAACUGCUGGAACCGCGGCUUCAGCAGUGACCACCUGCCCCUCUCGACGGACAGUUCCUCCUCGAGGACUUCCUCGUCCUCUUCCUCGUCCUGUUCCUCCUCUUCUUCCUCCUCGGCGUCUUCCGUGUCGUCCCUGUCGGACGAACCUGCCGGCGCCACCAGCAGCCCACUCAGCUCUUCCGCGGCCAUCCUGGUCUCCAUUUCCCUGCUGACCCUGCCCUUCCUUCCCGCCUCCAACCUCCUGUUCUACGUGGGGUUCGUCGUAGCCGAACGGAUCCUGUACCUCCCAAGUGUCGGCUACUGUCUGCUGAUUGGCCUCGGCCUGGGCAAACUCAUCGACGGCCAGCGAAGUCCGGCGUCAAUCUCCACCGGAGGCUCCCGGCGAGCGAAGAGUAGCAAAAGUGACAGUUCUAGUUUUAAGUACCGUGUCGGCAGUUCGGCGGCCAGUGUUGCCAGUUGUGCGGGUCAAAGUGCAAAGCAUCACAAAGCGGCGAGCUUCGCCGGGCUGAGGAAAAGUGCCAAUAGCCAUCAUUGCAGUAGUAGCAGUAGCAGUAGUAAUAAUAGUAGCAGUGCAAAUAGUAGUCAUAUUAGUGUCAGGGGGGGUGAUAGUGAUAGUUAUCAGCGGCGUAAGCGACAAAUCAUUCUGGUUGCGUUCGGGGCGUUGCUGCUCGCGUACUGCGGGAAAACGUGGAGCCGCAACCUGGACUGGGCGGACGAGGAGAGUCUGUUCCGGAGUGCGAUUGGCGUGAAUCCACCGAAAGCACUCGGAAACCUAGGAAGUGUCCUUAGCGCGCAGGGUCGCCACCAGGAGGCCAAGGAGGCCCUCAAGGCUGCCCUCAGCUACCGCCCCAACAUGGCGGAUGUACAUUACAAUCUAGGAAUUUUACUACAAAAUCAGCAAGACUACGCUGAAGCCGUGGAGAGCUUCCGGAAGGCGAUCCACUUUCGACCAUCACUGGCACUGGCCUACCUCAACCUGGGCACGUCGCUGAUCGCCCUUGGGCGCUGCCAGGAGGCGGCCACCGUCCUGCACGAGGGCUCCAAGCUGGACGGCACGGGACUGCGCGAUCGGGCAGCCCACGACAACGCCCGGAUCGGGGCGCUACUGCAGCUCGGCAACCUGUACGCCGACCAGGGCAAACUCCAGCGGGCGCUGGCCGUGUACCGGGAGGCGCUGCACAUCCUGCCCGAUCGCUACCCGCCACAGGGCAUCUACCACCGGCUGGGAGAAGUUUUCGCCCGGCUCAACCAGUGGUCGGAAGCGGAGCGCUUCCAGCGGGCUGCCCUCGAGGCCCAACCGGACCACAUUGCGGCCCAUCUCUCCUACGGAUCGAUGCUGGCCCGGAAUAGCAGUCGAACGUCGGAAGCUGAGCAGUGGUUUAGGCGGGCCCUCCGGUUGGCACCCGCCGACGCCAGCGUGCACCAUCAUUACGCUGAAUUCCUGACCACGGUGCGUCGUACCGCCGAAGCGAUCCAGUACCGGGUGAACGCGGCCGAGCUGGCCCCGUCCGACUACUCGCUGGUGACGGCGGCGGCCUCCGCCCUCCGACUGCUCGACCGGAAGGUCGAAGCCGAACGGUGGUACCGGCAGGCGGUCAACCUGCGGCCGGAAGAGGCCCGGGCGCACACCAAUCUGGGCGCGAUUCUGCACCUGCUGGGGCGGCCCCAGGAAGCGGCCCACAGCUACCGAGAGGCGCUCCGGAUACAGCCGAACGAUCUGACCACGCUGACGAACUUGGCCAAGCUGGAGAUCUCCUGAGGCUCGGCUGAGUCACAACAGCCACCACCGGAUAGGAGGAGGUCCCACGGGAAUGGGUCUAGCUAGCUUGGGGAAGGUGCUGGAUUGGGAUAUACGAAGAAAUGAAGAGACAGAGAGAUACAAUAAUCAUGGGGAGAAGUUUGUAAAUAAAGGCACUAUAACAAUAUACCUGUGGAUCAUAGCUAGUACAAGUUUAAACUAAACAAAAAGACAGAUUUUGUACCAUGGAAUGGGGGAUAUUCAGGGGUUGGGGAGAUAUUGUUAAUUACCCUGCCAAAGGAGGGACUAAUCAAAAUCAGACUAAUAAAAUGCAACCAACCAGAAGGUGACAAAUUAGCUAGCCUUUAGCAACUGUAUUAUAGUAGAGGCCGAGAUCAAGAGUUUAUUAUAAAGAAAAAUAGUAGCAACCACCAAGGGAAAGGCACUUGCGAAAGCAGACAAGUUGUUAAGUUUACCAGAUAAUUUGUACCUUUGUUUGUAUAAAGAUGGUAGCAACAAUAAAUAUUUGUUUGAACAAUUAAAUCAAUUCGAGGAUACUAAUAUUUGCUUACGUUAACCACUCACUGUAAAUAGAGUCCAUCAGAAAAAUGUGAAAACACUGACUAAUACCAUUCAAUUUGAUAAAAGUGCAGAGAGCUCUCAUGUUUUCAGAGUGGGUCUGUAAACAAAAACAGACAGACCUGUGUUGUGGGUGGAAACGGCAACAUAAAGCCGAUUAUUAUCGUCAUCACUCCGGCUGAUGAUUCUGAUCAUUAUGCACGAGCAUGAACACAUAAUUGGAAAUGGAGAACAAAUUAUAUUUAAAUUACUUCGAUUAUAGAGAGCGAUAAAACAGAAGCAUAAAGCAUCAGACCAGCGAGCACGUGUGUGUGAGUUUCACAAAACAGGAAAAAAAAGGAAACAAACAAAACAUUAAAAA